AUGGCCGCCCCGCCCACCUCGGACCCCAAGCUGUGGAUCCCGCCCGUCACGCUUAGCUCGGCCGUGGACCACUCGUCCUUUGCGUACGAGUCGACUGUCUCGCGCUGGCCUCAGAUUUUGACGUCCAAUGUCAUCCAGAACCUCGAGCAAGCCUCCUAUGCCCUGUCCUUUUCGUCCAAGGACCAAAGCGAAAAGAUCAAGGAGGCAGACGAGAUCAUCGACAAGGCGCACAAGUUUCUCCAGGAGAUUAAGGACGACAGGCAGAUCCAGCCCAUUCAAGGCGGACCGCAGGCGGAUGGCGCACCGAGCAGCGAGGCGUACGACAGCCUCAUUGAAGCAAACAAAUGGACCUGGCAUAAAGCCCCUUGGCUCUUUGCAGAAUGCUACCUCUACCGCCGCGUGCGCGGCUUCUUUUCCGGCUCGACACACUGGAAAACUUACGAUCCCUUUUCGCACAGCAAGCUGUCGACAUUCAAGUCAUCUGGCACUGCCAUCCGCGCCUUAGCUGAAAACGUCAAUGCUUUGGUGGCCAAGGCUCAAUCCAGCGGCGGUGUCACCUCGAGCAAGGAAGCGCUCUACGUUCUCUGGCUCGAAAUGGCUCAGAUUUCGCUUUGGGGAAACGCGACGGACCUGUCUCUGCUCACCUCGCUCUCGUACGAUGAUAUUCAGGCGCUGCAGACCACCGGUCGCAAGCAGCAAGAAGCACGUGCCAAGUUCAUCCUGGCUAACGACCUCGAACGCGUCUACUCGCACAUCUCCUCGCUCGAAUCAGGAAGGGUCGACAUUGUGCUCGACAACAGCGGCUUCGAGCUCGUCACCGACCUCGUCUUUGCAGACUGGCUCGUUAGCUGCACACCAUUCGUCCAGCAGGUCGUCUUCCACCCAAAGGACAUGCCCUGGUUCGUCAGUGAUGUCACUCCGCCCGAUUUUCGCUUCACACUCGAUGCACUGCUCACCGACUCGUUCUUCACGAGCGAAGACGAUACCAAGACGAAAGCUGGUGAGGCCCACGGCACGGCGGCCAAUGCCAGACCUGGCAGCUCCAUUCGCCAUCGCUCGACGAGUCGCACGCGUGAGGUGCAGGCCAACCCUGCUAUUUUCGCAGAGGGAAAACCGCUAGCGCCGCCGGCUGGCAGCCGCUCAUUGCAGUACAACCCGAACAACUGCGCUGGCGCAAGGGAAGGCAUGGCUGAUGGGCAGCAGCGCCACGGUACGCUCGAGCAUCCCGCUGGCAGCAGUCAGCUGCGCAUGGCAAAUGAAAGCAGCCAAGGCGGUGCACUGCCUCACCCCAAGGGCAGCAUGGCCCUGCAGCUUGACCCAGCCUACUUUAAGAACGCGCGCUCGAGGACUAUUUCGCCUUCGCGCAGCUACGUGAUUGAUAGUAGCGCUUUCGCAUCCUUCUCGCUCGAGGGCGAUGGCCCCGCACGUGCCAAGAGCCGGGAACGCAGACCGGGUCAGCUGGGUGGCGAUGACGACUGUGACAAGGGCGACCGGAUGGGCCGCAGCCACUCAGUCAGGGAUAUCAAUGCUGCCAAAAGCAACGCCAGCACCAGCGACAGCCCGAGUCGCGGAAGGAGCUCGAGCACGCAGCGCGGUCGGAGCGGGUUCCGCUCAUUUGGCGCUGACGAUGCGAAUGCCAUUCCGGAAGACGCCGAGGUUCCUUCAUCUGGCGCUGCUCCGACGCCGGUACAGCAGAUGGUGCAGCGCUGGCGGGCCCACCUGGCCAGCGGGGCGUUCAAGCUGAGUGUACCUGUCGAGACGUCGCUAGAGGAUUCGAGCAAGGAGGUGGUGCAACACGCAAGUGGAUUCUGGACCAUGCCAUUCAGCUUUGCCGACCUGCCCGCGAAAGAUCCGGAGCUCCUCAAGGAAUUGCAGAAGAGCGAUUUGGUCAUCUUUAAAGGUGACCUCAACUAUCGCAAGCUGACGUCAGAUGGCAACUGGCCUACGACGACGACAUUCGAAGCUGCUCUCGGGCCCUUGGCCGGCAAAUUGAACAUUCUGGCGCUGCGCACUUGCAAGGCGGACGUCUGCGUCGGCCUGCGCGAAGGACUGCAGCAGGAGAUGGAUGCAAAGGAUGCUAGGUGGCGUGUCAAUGGUAAAUGGGCCGUAGUGCAGUUUAGCAAGCGCUCAUCGGCUUGA